AUGGGUUGUUUCUGUGCCGUCCCGGAAGAAUUUUAUUGCGAAAUUUUACUUUUGGAUGAGUCAAAGUUAAUUCUCACUACCCAACAACAAGGGAUCAAGAAGUCAACAAAAGGUUCCAUUGUCCUUGAUUACAUAUUCCAUCAUAUAAACCUAGUGGAAAUAGAUUAUUUUGGAUUGCGCUACUGUGACAGAAACCAUCAGACGUACUGGCUGGAUCCUGCAAAAACUCUUGCAGAACACAAAGAACUGAUAAUCACUGGCCCACCAUAUACUUUUUAUUUUGGCAUCAAAUUCUAUGCUGAAGAUCCUUGUGAACUUAAAGAAGAAAUAACUCGAUACCAGUUCUUUCUGCAGGUGAAGCGAGAUGUACUACAAGGGCGCCUACCCUGUCCAAUCAACAUUGCUGCUCAGCUGGGAGCAUAUGCUCUCCAAUCUGAACUUGGAGACUAUGACCCAUAUAAGCACACUCCAGGAUAUGUGUCUGAGUACCGAUUUGUUCCAGAUCAAAAAGAAGAACUGGAAGAUGCCAUAGAACGAAUACAUAAAACACUAAUGGGUCUCGUUCCUUCUGAGGCAGAAAUAAAAUACUUGGGAAUUGUCAAAUCCUUGGAGAUGUAUGGAGUUGACCUCCAUCCUAUCUAUGGAGAAAGCAAAUCUGAAUAUUUCUUAGGUUUAACUCCUGUGGGUGUGGUUGUCUACAAGAAUAAGAAACUAGUAGGGAAAUAUUUCUGGUCACGAAUUACAAAAGUUCACUUCAAAGAGACACAAUUUGAACUCAGAGUUCUGGGAAAAGAUUGCGAUGAAACCUCAUUCUUUUUUGAAGCCACAAGUAAAAACACUUGCAAACAUCUUUGGAAGGGCUGUGUUGAACAUCACACAUUCUUUAGAAUACCGGAAAAUGAAUCAAAUUCUUUGUCAAGAAAACUCAGGAAGUUUGGUUCCAUGAGUUAUAAACACCGAUAUAGUGGUAGGAUAGCUUUACAAAUGUGCCGAGACCUUUCUGUUCCUCUUCCCCGACCCAAUCAGAAGGUGGAAAGAAGUCGAAGCAAGACAUAUCCUAAGAGAAAAACACAAAAACAGCCAUCAGGAUCAAACAGUAUAAACCAGGCUACUGCAAAUAUGGAAAAUGGAAUGAAUGAAGGAACCACCAAAAUUAUCACACCUUUACCAGUUAAAAGCUUUAAGAAGUCAAAAUAUGAAAAUAAUCCAGAAACUCAAAGAAGCAAAACAAGUGCACCAUGGGAGGAAAAUGGACCCCAGGGGGGACUGUACAAUUGUUCUAUUGACCGUAAUAAAUCACCAAAGUUCCCUUCUUCAUGGAGAAGAAACCAAUUUGGCAGUAGUGACCAUGAGCCUGGACAGCCAAUUAGGAGAAGGAAAGCACGAAGUAGUGGUGAUGACUCAGAUCUAAAGCUAAGGAGAAGGUCCGGUUCACACUGUAAUACAAGUAGUGGUAGUGAAUCUGAAAAUUCUAAUAGAGAACAGAAAAAGAGAAAUAGGGUAAGGCAGGAGAAUGGCAUGAUGGAUUCAGCACCUCAGUGGGAAGUGGCAUUGCAGCAUCAAAAGGGAAAAAAUGAAGCCAACUCCAAUAAUAGGCGAUCCAGACACAGAUCUCGCUCGAGAAGCCCAGAUAUCCAAGCAAAGGAAGAGCUAUGGAAACAUAUUCGGAAAGAAUUUGUAGAUCCUUCUGGAUUGUCAGAAGAACAAUUAAAAGAGAUUCCUUAUACCAAAAUAGAGACUCAAGGUGACCCAAUUCGUAUUAGACAUUCUCACUCCCCAGGAAGUUACCGCCAGUACAGAAGUUCAGAAGGAGAAAGAUCAGUUCUAUCUGAAGUGAAUACAAAGACUGACCUUGUGCCACCACUUCCUGUGACUUGGUCUUCAGAUUCACAGUGUUUUAGUGGUUCUACUUCCUAUCAGAUUAGUAAAAUUGGGUCUAAAGACAGCCUAAUACAAGAAAAACCUCAGAUAUCUACAAGCAACUUGGAUGAGAAAUACAGCACAAAGACAAUAAAGACCAUACAAACAUCCCACUUCAAAACAGACACUUGAUCUAUGACAAAGGAUUAUCAGUAUUGUUCCUUUGAAUCUAUGAAUUAGUCCAGUACUUCUUUAGUAUGAGAUGUUUAAGAAUGUUCUUAGGGCCUAAAAAGAUUAUACUGAUACA